AUGGCUGAAACACUCCAGUUCACCAGCUACGAGCAUGAAGAUGCCUGGGACGUGAAUUGGCUGCGCGUGGAUGACACCCAUGAACUUUACUAUCAACAGUUUGGCAAGAAGGACGGAAAGCCUGUCAUCUACCUCCAUGGUGGGCCUGGCGGGAACUGCUCCAAAACCAACACCGUCUUCUUCAACCCCUCUGAAUACCGAGUGGUUCUGCUCGACCAGCGAGGCUGUGGUCAAUCGCGCCCCAAUGCCAACACAACAGACAACACUACUUGGCAUCUCGUCGAAGACAUCGAAAAGCUGCGCAAGCAUCUGAAGUUUUCCAAAUGGCACAUGGUCUUUGGUGGCUCCUGGGGAUCCACGCUCGCUCUAGCAUAUGCGCAAACACACCCCGAUAGUGUAGGUAGUCUAGUCCUGCGCGGCAUCUUCACCGUGCGAGACAUCGAACUCAAGUGGACCAACCAUGCAGGCGGCGCGCAAAUGCUGUUUCCCGACCGCUGGGAGGACUUUAUCAAGUUUUUACCAGAGGAAGAACGUUCCGAUCAUAUCGGCAACUACCACAAACGCCUCAUGUCUUCGGACUCGUCUAUCAGUCAUCCCGCGGCUGAGGCGUGGAACACGUGGGAGCUAUCAAUCAGCACCCUGUAUCCUGACCCACACGCGUACAAGAAACUGAAAGAACCAGCCUAUCUGCUCGCACAUGCUAGGAUGGAGAUCCACUACUUCAUCAACAAAGCAUGGAUGGAAGACGGGCAGCUGUUGAGGAAGGAGAACGUGGACCGGAUCCGGAACAUUCCGACGACCAUCGUGCAGGGCAGGUACGAUGUUGUCUGCCCGCCGGUUACAGCCUGGGAGCUGUACAAGCAGUGGCCGGAGAGCAAAUUGCACUUCAUAGACGACGCUGGGCACAGUGUUAUGGAGCCCGGGACGAGAAGGAAGUUGACUGAAGUGUGCGACGAAUAUCUCUCUGCCGCGUCGUUCCCCUUCCACAUCCCAGAAGGACCGCCGUCCGAACCAGUCCCCAGCAGCGACAUAACCCUCAACGCCCUCGUCCAGCAUGGCGUGCACAAGAUGGACUGCGAUCGCGCAUUCCUGUCGCUCAUUGAUAAUCGGAAUCAAUUCAUAUGCGCAGAGAUGACGAGGCACCAGUCACUUUCGAGUGCAGACCCGGCCGAGCCGCUCUUGCUGGGUACUUCGCGAAUCGCCCUCGAAUGGGGCGUCUGCCCAUUCACCAUGUGCAUCUUCCAGGGCAAACCAGUGCCUAUGCCGGAAAGUCCCUAUAUCAUUGCCGACAAGUCGUAUUUCUGCAUAAAAGACUUUCGCCAGGUUCCCACAUUUGCCGAGCGCCCGUUCGUGGCUGGCUACCCGCACAUGGUUUCAUACCUCGAGAUACCGCUGUUUGCAAUGUCUGGGCACAUAUUGGGCAGCUACUGUGUUGUUGACACUAAAGAACGGGACUUUCUGCAUCCCAAGUCUCUGAGCACUCUUCGCGAAACUACCUCGGCUAUCAGUGCAUACCUCGAUAUGCGACGCGCCGAAGCUUGUAAGUCUCGAUCUGCUGAGAUGAUGCAAGGUCUGCGCCGCUUCGUAGCUUCAGAUGACAUGGUUCCAAGGUCUGUGGCCCCGGUGCGCCCUGGAGCUCACACAAGCCAAUUCGACCUAGAUGUUUUUGGCGCCGCCUCGCGAAGAAAACCUGAUAAGAAGCUAUCCGACGGUACGAAUGCAAGCGUCACCAUGUCAGACCAUGUUCAGUCAUUGCCUGAUUGCGAUGCAUCUAUUAUCGUUUCGCCCCAAGAUAAUGUCCCGAAACGGGUCAAAUCUGAUUUUGCUACUCAAGUCGACACUCUCUUCAUGAGAGCCGCAGAUAGUAUUGGCGAUGCUAUGGGUCUGGAUGGCCUAGUCUUCUUUGACACUGUUUCAACUGGCACCCGAAACAAAGGUUGCCAGGUACGAGACAUGUCUCCUGACAAUACAUCUUCGCCAACAUGCGAUCUCUUUGCGGUACCUCUGUCCUAUUACCACAGAGAUAACGCCCUCGGAAAGCUGAAACUGCGUCAGUCGCUCAUCCAGCGCUUGACUGCCAAGUACCCUCGAGGGCAUGUCUUCGCAGUCGAUGAACAUGGGGUCUUCCAACACGAUUGCGAUGACGAACUUGACUCUGGUGCGGAUGACAGAUGGAAUGACCUCUUCAGUUUAUUGCCAAAGACCCGCUACGUAAUAUUCCUGCCUAUGUUUCACUACUCAAGAGAAGCUUGCUACUCUACCUGCCUAGCUUGGGUAUCUGACACAGGCAAAACACUUGAUACUGGCGAUGUCAAUUCAUUGACAGCUUUCGGUAACUCACUGAUGGCUGAGGUCUUUCGCUUAGAAGCAUGCGAAAAUACACUUUCCAAGUCGGAUUUUGUUUCGACCAUCAGUCACGAGUUACGAAGUCCCUUGCAUGGCAUUUUGGCCAGCAUUGAGCUGAUCCAAGAAAACUGCCAGGGAUCUGGUUUGAUGUCGGAGAUCUCCAUGAUUGAGUCUUGUGCGGUUACUCUUCUCGAUACAUUUGACCAUCUGUUGGAAUAUUCCAAAGUGAAUAGCCGCGCCAGCGUUGGACAAAGAGGCGGAAUUGGACAUCCUCGUUCCACCACCCACGUUCAUCACGGUGCAGUAGCUGUCGACUUGGCUUCUAUGGUCGAAGAUGUCAUUGGGACUGUUUCCGUAGGUCAUGACCAUUCUUCGCGCCUCUCUUCUGGACUCAAUAAAGAGCGUCAAGAUUCGUUGGCUGGAUCGCCCGCAACGGCACAAUCCGAGCCUGUCGUCGUCACCACACGCAUUGAAAAGGCCCGUGAUUGGACCUUUGUCAUUGACAAGGGUGCUUGGAAGCGCAUUUUACUUAAUGUCGUCAGCAACGCAUUGAAGUAUACCAAGUCGGGUUACAUUCACGUAGGUCUAGCAUUCGUGGAGGCUGCCGAUGACAGUCAGUCACACAUCAGUCUUUCUGUGACCGACACGGGUGUAGGCAUGAGUGAGGAUUUCCUCAAAUACCAUCUCUUUACACCCUUUACUCAGGAGAAUCUACUAAGUCCAGGAACUGGGCUAGGUUUGAGCUUAGUGAAAAGCAUCGUGGAGUCACUACACGGAACUAUAUCAGUCUCUAGUCGUUUGGGCAAGGGAACGAAGAUCAUCAUCAACAUUCCGGCUAGUCAAACGGCGCAGAGACCAAAUGUGCCACGUGGCGAGAGCGUCUCCUCUCACGAAUGCCUAAGCGGAAAGGCAAUCGGUAUGCUCAGUCUCUCUCUAACCGAAGAGCAAGGCAAAGGAUUUGCACCCUCUAUCGAUUCGCCUCCCGAAGCGCUGGAGCGGGCCGUUCAAAAUAUCUGCGAGGAUCGCUUCGGCAUGAGGUUCACCACUGUUUCCACAGACACACUCCCGGUUCUGGAUGUACUCCUCAUCGAUCACCAUGCCCUCUCUUCGACACUCACGUACGACUUGAAAACUUUGUUCCCUACGUAUACGGGAGGGACUUACCCGGUCAUGGUCGACCUGCGCAAUGUUAAAGGCGCACCUCCGGAAUCCGGCACUGGCAAGCCCAUGCACACAGUACUAGUCACUGCAAACUCGCUCGGACCUGCACUCAUCUCGGCUAUGAAGGAUGUCACUACCAAGGAGAAGGCAGUGCCGUCCAUAGAACUCAGAAGCAGACCUGACAUGGAGCCAACAGAGCCACUAGAACAUGCCGACACAAUGCUAGAGCCAGACCCGCAAACCAAAGUACUUCCACACCGCAGCUUAUCGUUGCAGCAUGUGACACUAGCCGACGCCGCCACAAGUCCUGCUCUACAAGCACCAUUACCAACACAACCACCUACCCCGCUUACAAGCAGCCCAACAUGCCGAUUCCGCCGUCUGCUCUUGGUAGACGAUAACCCCAUAAAUCUAAAAAUGCUUUGCGCUUUUGCAAAACGCCUCGGCGUACCGUAUUCCAGUGCCACCGACGGCGCAGAAGCGGUGCGUCUCUAUCAAACCGCCACUGAGCAAGAGGACCCAAAAGCAAAUUAUGACUGCAUUUUCAUGGACAUCAGCAUGCCAGUUAUGGAUGGCUUCCAGGCCGUAUCAAAGAUUCGUGGAAUCGAACACGGUUUGAUGGAAAAAUGCAUACCAAGACAGCCCAAUGACGCUGCGAACCAUGGUCUAGAUGGCAUACUAGAGGAUGAGAGAGGUGCUCGGGCGUACAUCUUCGCAUUAACGGGUCUUGGUAGCGAGAAAGCGCGAAAGCAAGCGAAGAAUAGCGGUUUUGACGAGUUUCUUCUCAAGCCAGUGAGGUUCAAGGACGUCCUACCGUUGUUGGCACGUCUGCCAACUGCAUGA